UUUUGAAAGAAAAAAAAAGGGUAAGGAGAAAAAUACUUAUCGAACUUUUGUUAUUAUGCUCCGUGUUAGCCAAAAAGUUGAUAAAUAAGGCAAUAAUAGAUAACGUUAACAAUAAAGUUUAUGUAGUUUUCAUAUGAAACAGUUCUUGAUAGUAGUACUGUUAGGGUAUGACUAGAUUAAUUUUACAAAAUAACUGAUUAAUAUUAAUUAUAUUCGGUGAUAUGUCAAAAAUGUCUACGUCGAGUUCUUAACUUUUCAAAACUAGACAGCCCCCAAAGGCAAGAACAUGGUCAAAACAAGUUAAACAAGAAAUAAAACAGACAGAGAAAGAAACUCAAAAGUGGCUUCUUUCUCAUCUAUCUAAAGCUUUUCUCCUUCUCUUUUCUGGUUUCAAACUUCACAACAUUUCAGUUCUGCCUUUAUCAUGGAUCGUCAUGAUAUAGAAAAGAGAUUCACGGUGGUGAUUGAUAACAGACGACUAAACCAAUCUGGAUCAUCAUCACUUUUCACCGGCUUCGCGAUCAGCUCUAUAACUCUGAUCGUGGUUACCACGUUUGCUCUAAUGUCUAGUUUCUCGAUGCAACCGCAAAGAGAUUUCUCAGGGGUGAAGAUAGAUAUCAAGAGAGUGAUUCCACACUUACCUCUGAGCUCUGAGAAAGAAGGUGAAAGAAGUGAUCUGCUCAAACAACAGACACAAGUAAACGAGAAGCUCCAAGUUAUCGAGGUUUUUAGUGGAGAUAACUUGUCUGACAAGUUUCAAAAGAGGGUAAAUGAGUUUGUCGGUGAUGGAUGUGAAGUCAACUUUAUCAUGACAUGGAUAUCACCAGCAGAGUUCUUCGGCAAUAGAGAGCUUUUAGCUAUUGAAAGUGUCUUUAAAUCUCAUCCUUAUGGUUGCUUGAUGAUCUUAUCCGCAACCAUGGAUUCUCCUCAAGGUUAUACAGUUUUGAAACCGUUUCUUGAUCGUGGUUACAAAGUUCUUGCAGUCACACCAGAUUUACCUUUUCUACUCAAAGGAACCGCUGGUGAAUCGUGGCUCGAGGAAAUAAAGACCGGUAAAAGAGAUCCCGGAAAGAUUUCUUUAGCUCAGAAUCUCUCAAAUCUCAUGAGGCUUGCUUACUUAUACAAAUAUGGAGGUGUUUACUUAGACACAGACAUGAUUGUUCUAAAAAGCUUCAAAGGGCUUAGAAACGUGAUUGGAGCACAAACACUUGAUCCUUCAUCGACAAAUUGGACAAGAUUGAACAACGCGGUGCUAAUAUUCGACAAGAACCAUCCUCUGUUACUCAAAUUCAUAGAAGAAUUCGCGAAAACUUUCAAUGGAAACAUAUGGGGAUACAACGGACCAUACCUUGUUUCCCGAGUGGCUAGAGCUGUGGAAGGAUCAAGUGGUUAUAACUUCACCGUCAUGCGACCAUCUGUGUUCUAUUCGGUAAACUGGCUCGAGAUUAAGAAGUUGUUCAAAGUGGCUAAAACAGAGAAAGAUUCGAAAUGGGUCAAAAUCAAGCUUCUUCAUAUGCGGAAGAGUGGCUAUGGUUUGCAUCUGUGGAAUAAGUUUAGCAGGAAAUAUGAAAUUGAACAAGGAAGUGCCAUGUGGAAACUGGUUUCAGACCAUUGCAUUAUCUGUGACAUUGGUUCUGCUUCAUAGUCUAUUGUUUGAAUUUGUUCCAUUAAUCCACAUACUGUAGAUAACUUGUUGUAUAUAUAUAUAAGAAUGAAAAACCUUCACGU